CUCAUUUCCACGCCAACACGCUAUUAAACCUCUCUUUUCUCUCUUCAACCCGCAACAACAAAUAUUUCCAUUCCAAAAAAUUCAAAACCCUAAUUUCCCGCCAAAAUGCCGUACCCUGUCAUUGUCGACGACAAUGACAUAGACGACGCCGCUUUGUGGGCCGUAAUCGAUUCCGCCGCAGCAUCCCACUCCUCAUCGAAAUCCAAAACCCUACCAACCAUCACUUAUCCCAAUCAACGCCAAUCCCCUUCUCCGGUAUCCAAACCAUCGCCGUCGCCGGUAUCGUCGCUUCCGCCGGGAAAGUUCCACCGGAUAUCGCGGGAUUCCGGCGAGGUUGUGCAGGAGUCGUGGGCUUACCGACCGCCGAGGAAGGUGGCGAGAAUCGGUGCUCCUCCAGAGGCCAACGUGAGCGGCAGCCCUCUCGCUUUGGUCAGGACCGUGGAGAGGACACCGCCAGCGAAGGCCUAUGCGUCGCCGGAGUCUUACCUGUCGCCGGGGAUUGGAAAAUUGACAGGGCAAGAGGUGAGCGGGAGCUGCGCGGAGUUGUCGCCACAGUGUUUUGGCGGCGGCGGAAGGAGGAGCGAGAAGGUAGAUGAGGAGAAGGAGAAUGGCAUGUGGCAUGGCUUGUCUGGAAGGUUUCCUUCGGUUUCUUUGUUCAAGGAGUACCAAAAUGCAGCUAUGGCGAUUUUGGAGAAAACUGAUUACACUUUGAUUUCAGGAAAGUCUUUCAUUAAAAAAACAGGUAAACAAAGUUACUGUUGUCUUUCCUGGGAAAACGAUACAGUAGUCGUAACAUUGAUGAGGUUUUUACAGGUUGGAGAAAGAUAUCUUGCUACUUUAAUAUUUCUUAUGAAAUCAGAGAUAAGAACAUUGAGUUUGAUGAGAAUCGCAAUGUUCAGCGUGCUGAGUUUGUUGUUCGUGCAUACAUGCAGUAUGUUCUUGUUUGGGGUGGCAGAUUCUCAGAUGGCUGGGGCUCUUGUGAGCGAUGUGAAAAGAGAUUUCAGAAACCAAAUCAUGAUAUUCCAAGCACAGCUGAGACCAGAGCCAAAAACAAAGCUUGUCAGGAUUUGCUAGGAAUUGGAGAAUACCGACCUGGUGCAACAAGUCAAGUUCAUUGAUUUUGCGGAUACAUUCUGUUCUGUUCUUUGUAAUGAUUUGGUAUCCCUGAAAUAUUUUCUUUAUCCACAUGCACUAUAUAAUUUGUUGGAGGGAGAAAGUAAACUAAAAACUUGUAAAUAAAAGUGCACCCUAUUUUUUAGCAAUUCUGGGUGAAUUGCUGUAAAUCCUAACAUAAUAGUCAAUUAGCAAGUAUUUGGUGUUUUAGCAUUCAACAUAAGAAUUGUGUUCCUUGGGCAAUGGCCAGCAAGAAAAGCUCUUCAAUUCAGUUGGAGGUGAAUGCCAGAUCCAAGGAGAAUCAUGAACGAGGGAUCCAUAUUUGGCCAGAAUAUCUGUGGAAGUUUAUACCUUCCCUCAAAGUAUGACUGCUGUUCGCAGUCCAGUCCUCAAGCAACCAACAUUAGAUGGUAUCAAUACCAUUGUCUAGCUUUAGAAAGCUUGGCUUGAGGUUUAAAAACGGUGGUAUAAAAUGUAUUCCUGCCUACCUAGCAGGUUGGUCUGUAUUUUACUAUAUGCUCAAUAUACAUUUUGCUCUAAACUUUAGUUCUACUUCCCUUUUACACAGUUUACAUUGUAUGGAUGGAGGACAUGAGUCUUGUUUUCGUUGAAGUUUUCAAGUAAUAACCUCCCCAAACAGCUAUCUUGAGCAUCAUUCAAUAUUGUCAAAGACACCACCUUUUCACAGAUAACCCUCGUAUAGAAAUUCUUUCUCUACACCUCUUGCUUCGCUUCUG